AUGUCGGUGAACGGGACGGUGUGGGGUCGCGUGCGGGGCCGCCUCCGCGCCUUCCCCGAGCGCCUGGCGGCCUGCGGGGCCGAGGCCGCGGCCUACGGCAGGUGCGUGCAGGCCUCCACUGCCCCGGGCGGCCGCCUGCGGAAGGACCUCUGCGCCCAGGAGUUCGAGGCCCUGCGGAGCUGCUUCGCUGCCGCGGCCAGGAGGAGCGCGAAGGGGGGCUGCUAG